GUAGAAAGCUUUUUAUUUAAAUUUCACAAGCAAACAAGGAGUUGGCUCUUCUUCUUCUUCUCCUUCUCCUUCUCGUUGGCAGAAACAACGACUCUCGUAGUUUUUGUUUCUGUUUUGCAAAAAUGGCUAAGAAACCAGUGAAGUAUUUUGUGGUGGAUGCAUUCACUGACUCGGCAUUCAAGGGAAAUCCAGCGGCUGUUUGUAUAUUAGAGGAAGAAAGGGAUGAUAAAUGGUUGAAAGAUUUAGCAGCUGAGUUCAAUAUUUGUCUAACCUGUUAUUUGAUUCUCAUAAACGAAGAAGAAGAAACUAAUGAUUUGAUUAAUCCACCCAGGUUUAGCCUUAGAUGGUUCACUCCGGUUACUGAGAUAGAGCUUUGUGGUCAUGCAACGUUGGCAGCUGCACACAUACUUUUCUCAACUGGUCUGGUAAAUUCAAACAUUAUUGAGUUCUUCACACUUUCAGGAAUCCUAACUGCUAAAAGGGUUCCGGAUGUGAAGCUUCUUGAGGUUUCAAAUGUUCCUAAUAAUGGUGGAUCACAAGACAGUUACUUCAUUGAAUUGGAUUUACCAGCCAUUUCUACUGUUGAACUCAAUUCUGCUUUUGAUGUUUCUUCGAUCUCCAAAGCUUUGAAUGUCGCUUCUAUAGUUGACAUUAAGAUGUGUAACAUGGAUCCCAAUAGACUCUUGAUUGUUCUUCCAUCGGAAAAAGAUGUAGUAGAUUUUCAACCUAAUUAUGAUGAGAUACGAAAGUGUCCUGGAGCUGGGUUAAUCAUAACUGGAGUAGCCCCUGCUGAGUCGAAAUUUGACUUUUAUACUCGACACUUCGCCCCCAAAGUAGGGAUCGAUGAGGAUCCUGUAUGUGGGAGUGCACAUUGUGCGUUGGCAGUCUACUGGGCCAAAAAGUUGGGCAAAUCUGAUUUUGUUGCUUUUAUGGCAUCACCAAGGAGUGGAAUAUUACGCAUUCAUCUUGAUGAGAAAAAACAAAGGGUUCUGUUGGGAGGGAAAGCUAUUACUACCGUGGAAGGUUUUGUUUUGGUUUAACAUUUGAUGCUCAAACUAUAUUGUUAAAAUAAGAACAUUGAAUAAGUGUUAUUCAAUAAUUGUUCAUAUGAUCAAAUGGUUAUUUUGAUCCUUUUUGUUUAGCGUUUGGAUUAGUAUUUUAUAUUUGGACAAUGUUAUAUUUUAUGAUAUUUUGAAUUGAGAAAUCAUAUUACUAAUUCCA